AUGGCCUUCGGCUUCAGCAGCAGUGCGGAACGGGGCAGCGGGCGGGGCCAGCGCAGGCGGCGGAUGGCGAGGCGGUGCGGUGUGGUGGCCGUGGCGGUGCUCGGUGCUUGGGACGGCGCGGUCGAGAGGGCAGGCGAGCACGGCGAGGCGCGCAAGCGCGCGAGCAGGGGCAGGGGGUUCGCGGUGGUGGAGGACCAACAGCAGAGGUGGCUCGACGGGUGCGGCAGGGCGCCGCCAGAGGCUGUGGCCCAGAGGGCCAUAUUGGCUCGAGCGUUAACGGGCGCUGGUGCCCAGCCCGAUUGGGCAUACGCCCAGAUCGACACGGGGGCGCCGGCCACAGGCGCAGCGAGGCCAGCCGCCGGAGGCGGCAGUGGCAAGGCCACGGCGGGGUGGCGCCGGGGCGCGGGGCAGCAGUCGGCUGCGGAGGUGGGCGCGGGGAGCGGUGGCCGGGCAGGGCGAGCAGCGGUGGCCUUCGGCUUCAGCAGCAGUGCAGAACGGGGCAGCAAGCGGGGCCAGCGCAGGCGGCGGAUGGCGAGGCGGUGCGGUGUGGUGGCCGUGGCGGUGCUCGGUGCUCGGGACGGCGCGGUUGAGAGGGCAGGCGAGCACGGCGAGGCGCGCAAGCAGGGGCAGGGGUUCGUGGUGGUGGAGGAGCAACAGCAGAGGCGGCUCGAGGGGUGCGGCAGGGCGCCGCCAGAGGCUGGCUAG